AUGGAGUAUAGAUUAUUAGGUAACACUGGAUUGAAAGUUUCAGUGAUAAGUUUUGGUAAUGGAUUUUCAAGUGCAAAUCCCGAUUAGUAAAAGUUAACCACUGAAAGUGUCAAAAAAGCUUGGGAUUUGGGUAUUAAUUUCUUUGAUACUGCAGAGUUUUAUGGACUUGGCGAAGCUGAAAAGUAGCUCGGAGUUGCUAUUAAAGCUCUCGAUGUUCCUAGAGAAGAUUUAGUUGUUUCUACUAAGAUUUUUUUGGGUGCUGAAUUUGGACAUAAGGUUAAAGUGAAUCAAAUAGGUUUAAGUAGAAAGCACAUCAAAGAAGGUGUAAAGAAUUCACUAAAGAGACUCUAAUUAGACUAUGCAGAUGUAGUUUUUUGCCAUAGAUUUGAUCAUGAAACACCUCUUGAAGAAGUUGCUCGUACUUUUACAGAGUUAAUUUAAGAAGGUUACAUUCACUAUUGGGGUACUUCUGAAUGGAGUGCUGCUUAAAUCUAUGAAGUCAGAGAAGUUUGUGCUGAAAAAAAUCUUAUCAAACCCUCAGUUGAAUAACCUUAGUACAAUAUGCUUGUCAGAGAUAGAUUUGAAGCAGAUUUUGUUCGUCUCUUCGAUAAACAUAAAAUGGGUGCUGCUAUUUGGAGUCCUUUAGCUUAUGGCUUCCUCACAGGAAAGUACAAUGAUGGCAAUAUCCCUUAAGGAUCUAGAAAGGCUUCUUCUAAUUUUUAAGAUUUUGUUGAUAUUGCAUGGGAUCAGUUCUUCGGAGAAGGAAAAAGAGAAAAAACAUUACAGGCUUUAAGAAACCUUGAAGCUUUGGCUAAGGAAUUAGGAAUGUCUUAAACACAGCUAGCCAUGAGUUGGGUUAUCGCUAAUAAAGAUGUUUCUACUGCCAUAACAGGAUGCUCAAGAGUAGAGUAAUUAGAUGAGUCAGUAAAAAGUGUUCAACUUUACAAAAAGAUUACUCCAGAAGUUGAAAAAAGAAUCAAUGAAAUACUUGGUAAUACACCUGACCAAGGCAUCAACUUCAAAACUUUUACACCUUUUCCUCCAAGAAGAUGA